CUCAAGAGAAAAAUGACCACCGUGUGUACCAAUUGCCUGGUAGUAGAGACGUGACUGUCGAAAAGCCAGACAUCAAUUAGCAGUAGAACAUAGUUCCGGUUCUGUCCUGUGGUUUCUGAUCCUUUUACGAGCAGCGCAACGGCAAACCAUGUGGCGAAGGAGUUGAGCCCUAGUCGCAGCUGGUGGGCAGCGAGCCAAACAACGGGAUCCGUCCCGUCGUUGUUCAUGAGAUCGAUAGGACACGAUGGAAACGGGGGCCGUCGCCAACCCUGACCUAGCGCGGCGUGCCACCGGAGAGAAGCAAAUGUCUGAUGCGGAUGGUCAUCUUGUUCGUCAACCAUCCGCAAGAGGCGCAGCCUCAAGUCUUUGACCUUGUCGUCCUUGCACUGCAUUUUCCGAGAGUCUCUUUCCCUUGGAUUGGAGCCGUGCCGUCGAGGACAGAAGAAACAGACCGAAUCACUGACGCACUGCACGUCCCUACGUUGACACCACAUGCUGCUCCGUUCUCGGCCAUCCUAUCUUGACCUGUGCCAACGGACCAUGACCACUGCAAGGACCACGAAACCACCGGUUUAAGUAGCAGCACCCGGCCGUGUCUACCACCUCUGACUGAGCACCCGUGUAUCUUUGCUCCCGCCGGCAUCCCCCGCUCCCCUUUGCAGUGCUGCAAUGGCUCAUUCAGAGCAAAUGCAUCGCCUGAGUCUAGCACUAACACCACUCCUCGUCACCCUACUCCUGACAUCACUGCCCCAAUGCGAGCCACAGCCCGACGACCGGUACAGCAGCUGCACGCCGACGCCGUACAGCUGCGGUUCAGUCCAGUUCGACGUCGGCUACCCGCUGUCGGUGGACGGCGGCGCCGACCGGCCGGACUACUGCUCGUUCCCGGGGUACCGCCUCUCCUGCACGAGCACGAACGGCAGCAGCAAGCUGCUGAUCACCAUGAAUCCUCCCGCCGGCGGCGCCUGGACGUUCCAGGUGACGGGCGUCGACUACGAAAACCGCCUCCUCACACUCGUCGACCAGGGCCUGGCGCAGCAGACGUGCCUGCAGCCGUACCGGAACACCACCAUCGACGGCGCCCUGUUCGCCUACACCGACCGCGACCAGUUCCUGACGGUGUACGUCAACUGCAGCGGCGGCGGCGGAUCGCUGCCGUUGGUGGUCGAUGUGCUCUCGUGCCUGUCCGGGGGCACGUCCUACUACAGCACGGACAACGGGACGGUGGCGCCGGACUUGCUAGGGACGUGUAGCUCCACGCUGGUUGUGCCUUACAACUCGUCCAUGGCUGCUGCGGCUGGGAGCUCUGGCCUUGGGAAUGCCGUAAGAGGUGGCUUCGCCGCGCGGUGGACGGCGGGUGCGGGGUGGUGUCGAGACUGUGAGAAUUCCGGAGGGCGAUGUGGAUAUAACUCCACCAGUCCUACUGAUCACACCUGUUACUGCUCUGAUGGUACAGUUAUUGGAGCAUGUUCGUCAGGAUCGAAGAAUAACAAAAAAGCAAUUACAAUAGGGACCUCCAUAGCUGCCGGCGUUUUGUCUUUGCUUCUUGUGGUCAUGACGUGCUUGUACAUCCGCAAGAGAAGGCAGUACAACUUGACCUCGUCCUCCAGGCUUCUCAAGCCCACUGCCUCCGGCGGGACGCCGCGUUCCAUAGGUAGCACCACUGACAUGGAGUCCGGCAGCGUCCACAGCCUGCAGACGCACCACUUCACAUACGAGGAGCUGGAGGAGGCAACUGACAGCUUCAGUGGCACCAUGGAGAUCGGCGAUGGCGGCUUCGGCACAGUGUACAAAGGGCAUCUCCGAGAUGGGCGCGAGGUGGCCGUGAAGCGCCUGUACAACAACAGCUGCCGGCGCGUGGAGCAGUUCCUGAACGAGGCGGCCAUCCUCUCCCGCCUGCGCCACCCGAAUCUGGUGCUGUUCUACGGCUGCACCUCCAGCCGCAGCCGCGAGCUCCUGCUGGUGUACGAGUUCGUGCCCAACGGCACCUUGGCGGACCACCUCCACGGCGACCACGCCGCGGAGCGCGCGCUCACCUGGCCGCUCCGCCUCGGCGUCGCCGUCGAGGCGGCCGCGGCGCUCGCCUACCUCCACGCCGUCGAGCCGCCCGUCGUGCACCGCGACGUCAAGACCAGCAACAUCCUCCUCGACGCCAACUUCCACGUCAAGGUCGCCGACUUCGGGCUGUCCCGCCUCUUCCCGCUCGACGUCACGCACGUCUCCACCGCCCCGCAGGGCACCCCGGGGUACGUGGAUCCAGAGUACCACCAGUGCUACCAGCUGACGGACAGGAGCGACGUGUACAGCUUCGGCGUCGUGCUCGUGGAGCUCAUCUCGUCGAAGCCCGCCGUGGACGUGACCCGCGACCGCAGCGAGAUCAACCUGGCCGGCAUGGCCAUCCACAAGAUCCAGCAGUGCCAGCUGGAGCAGCUGGUGGACCUCGACCUCGGGUACGGCUCCGACGAGGCGACGAGGAAGGCGAUGACGAUGGUCGCCGAGCUGGCGUUCCGGUGCCUGCAGCAGAACGGCGAGAUGCGGCCGCCGAUCAAGGAGGUGCUCGACGCCCUUAGGAGCAUCCAGGAGGACGGGUUCGGGAAGAAGGGAGAUGCGCUCAUCGCGCCGCGCUCGCCUGACACCGUGCACGCUCCGUGGGAUAGCAUGAGUACAACCCCCAGUAUUAGCCAAUGACAAUAAUAAGCACCUUGACGAGUAGUCACGGUAGUACGACAAGAUCCGUGGCCCAAAGAUGUCAUGACUUGAUGGGUGUCAUUUUGUUGAGAUCUAAAGUGCUCCCGAUCGAUAUAUGUAGAAAUAGAAUAGAGAUUUUGGCCUCUUGGUGGUGUAAAUUAUGUCUCUCUUUGCACCUUUCAAACAGCAUGUAAAUGUAUAUAUAUUAGCUUGUUCGCUUUGGCAGAAAAGUCAUGUCUAAAAGUAUUGGUCGCU